AUGAAAAAUUUAAGUUUAUAUAAAAAGUUGAAUAAUUGUGAGGCUGCCUUAAAUAGAUACAAGUCUAAGUUUAGAAUGAGCACAAUUUUACUUAUUUAGUCAUUUUUCAUACUUGCUUUCACUUUUGCAAAUCUUAUAAUUUGUUUAAAAUUGCAAAUUUCUCUAACCAGCAACCAAAUAGAAGAAAUAUCUAAAUAAUAAUUACAUUUACAAAAUUCUAAGUAGUUUUCAUAUUUAAUUUAGAGCUUUAUAAAUUUAAUCAUCGUAAGCAACUGAUGUAUUAAGAAUAGCACUUUCAAUGUCAGUAAGAAAAAUGGAAAAAUUAGUAUCCCUUAAUUAUCUAGCACCUUUGAUCGACUUUGAUUCAAUUUAAAACAUAUCAUCUUGUAGGUAAGCAUAAUUUUUAAAGGAAAAAAUUUAAAGAGUAACAAUAUGCAUAUCAUAUCAAGAAAACUAAGAAUAAUAAAACUUAAAUAAUACUCAAUUAAUUUCAUUCUUGAAUCUUUUUUAAACAUAUCAAGAAAUUUUUGAUUUUUCUAUUAUUUCUAGGUAAUUAUAUUUUGUUUCUCCUCAAGACAAUUUUUUAACUGCUUAUUAUCCAAUAAAAUUAAAAAAUGAAACUAUAGAAUUAAUUCAAUAUGAGUGGUUUAUUAAGUAUUUAACUGAGCUUUAAUAAACAAAAAAUCCUUAAUUUUCUACACUCUUUCCUUAAGUAAAACUAUAAAAUUAUGAAUAUUUAUUGGCAGCGUUUGCUAUGUUAAUGAUUGAUAAAACUAAUUAAAUAAAUGGAAUUGCAGUACAAAUUAUUAAUUUUCCAGAACUUUCUCAUUUCUUAUUUAUUGAGAAUCUAAAUAUUAUACUUGUCUAUGAGGAUGGUAAAAUUUUAUACACUUAAAGCUAUAUGUAUAAUGGUUUAGAAAAAGAAAUUAAGUAUAUAUUUAAUGAAACAGUCACUGGCUUUAAUUAUUCUGAUUGGUAACUUAUUAAAUAUUCACUAAAUUCUAAUUUUCCUAUAUAAAUAUAAAAUACUUUAUUAAAUUAGUCUGUUUAUAUCAAAGUCAAAUAAAUACCUCAAACCCCUUUGAUUUCAUUAAUGUAUUAAUUCUGACAUAUAUUUAGACUAACUAAUAUAACAUACGAAAAUGAAAUCUCGAAACUUCUAAAUGAAUAAUUAGACUCUAUUUUAAAUUGGCAACUAACUUUAACAUCCUAUUCAGCUUUUGCAAGUGUUUUCAUAAUUCUAUUAAGUUUAAUCCCUUUGAAAUCUAUAUUCAAACCAACUUAAGUUGUAAUAUACAUGAUGAUCAAAUACUUAUUGGGAAAAUUUGAUAAUAAAAUUAAAGAUUAAGUUAUUAGAAAAAAUUAACUCUAAUAAAUAGAUAAUGUUCUUAAUUAAUUUUACCAAGCUUACUAGAGAUUAGACAUUACUUUAAAUUAAUCAUAAUAUACCAAAUCAGACCAUUGUAUGCUUAUUGAAAAAUUUUAGUAUGAAGUAAAUGUUAAUUCUCUAUUGAAACUUUCAUUUGAAAACAUAAUUAAUUAUAAUCAAUAAAUAAGUUGGCCAUAAUUUAAGUAAUUAAUUGCCACAUAAAAUUUUGUUGUUGCCUGA